AUGGCCGACGACGCCUCGGACGGCGAGGUCGAGGACGACGCCGACUGGCGCGCAAGAGUACGGCGGCUGCGACCGUUUCUGCUGGAUGCGGACCUCGUGCCGCCUCCUCCCAAUCCGCCGGACACAUCCUCAAGUUGCUUCGCGAGCUGGACGCGGCUCCACGCCAAGGCUCCCGAGCCGCCCGGCGGCUUUGCGAGUGACGCCGGCGCCAAGGCCUUAGAUGCACUACUACGAGACCGGCGCCAGGCGGCGCCCGGCGCCUUCGCGCGCCAGUGCGCGGCGCUGGGCGGGCUGGACGCGCGGCGGUCGCACGUUCUUUUUGAGGGCGAGCUGGACAUCCCAACGGAGGACUACUACGACACCGCGCGCGCGCUUCAAAAUCAAAGGUGGUCGCGGCAGCGCGCGGCGCGCGCGGAGGAUGACCUCACACACGGCCGCUGGGCCGACGCCGUGCGGAGGUUUGGAGACGCCAUCGCCCUCGACGCGACGAACGGCGACGCGUACCGAGGGAGAGCUCGCGCGCGGGUCGGGCUGCUCGAAGGCGUCACGGCGAAGCCGCACCAGCUCGCCGAGGGCGUCGCGAGUGACGUCGCCGCCGCGCGACGCUACGGCGGGCCGCGCGACGGCGACGACGCGCUGCUGGCCGCCGCGCGCGCGGUCGUACAACCCGCGGCGCCGGCGCCGGCCCCCGCCGUGGCGCCCCGGGUGGACGCCGUCGCCGUGCGCGCCGCGGCGCCGCGCGCACCCCGACCUGCCGUCGUCGCGUCGGCGCCGGUGCCGGUGCCGCCGCCUCGCGACGCCGACCGCAUCCCGAAGAAGCGCAAGCACGAGAAGAAGUCGAAGAAGAGGUCGAAGAAAAAGAAGAAACGCUCCCGUUCGUCGUCGUCGUCUAGUUAGAAUAACAAUGUGACAGUUAACGGUGCGGCGUCGACUCGCCCUUGCGGUGCGUCGACCGCUCGAGGUUCACGGCGACGCACGGCGCGCCCGCGUCGACGUUACCAGCAGGGCAGCAGUCGAAGGCCGGCCGGUUCUUCGUGUGCGCGAGGAACGACGCCGGCCCGGCGCCGCGCGCGCCCUUCUUCCGCCGCGCGGCGUUGCUUCGCAAGGACGGCAGCUCGGGCCCAGGGCACCGUUUCGGAGAAGGCAGCGCCGUCUGCGGCAGGAGCGCGAAGUCGGGGAAGUCUAGUAAACGGUCGGCCGCGAGGUGGUAGAUCGGGUGCGCGCGCGCGACAUAGCUAGUGUGGCGUCGCCCCUCGCUACGACUCUGCUAGGAGUAGGGCGGAGUGCUCGAAGACUCGAUAGGCCUCUCAAUCCCGGCGCAUACGUAUCCUCCCUGGGCCGAUGUUGCCUGCAUGGUGCUGUGCCCUUUUGUGGCAGUUUGCUUCUCAAAGAACGCCACAACCGGGAGAUCUCCGAGCCCGCCGAGGCUAAGAUCAGACCCACAGUGCGCCUGCAGCGUCAUAAGCGUCACCUCGAAAUCUCGUCUUCAUUGGCCCUCGCGGCGCAUCGCAAUCGACUGCCGUCCCUCGACCGCCGCUCGCCUCACACAAACGCUAGCGUGAUGUAGCGCUGGCAGUGGCGCGAGACGGCAGCGCCACGCUGCGAGACCGCCGCGCGCCACAAAAGACGCAGCUCCGCCGCCACAAAACUUGGAUUUUCAUCAUCACCUUUAACCAUGGCUAUUUCACGCAGCGCGCGGCAUGCUGCUACGGCGACUCGCCGCGCGGGCGCGCGGGCGCGCCGCCGCGCCGCUCGGCUCGAGCGUGAAGGCGCUCUUCGUCAGCCGCGGCGCCGACACCGCAUCCUACCGCGUCGUCGACGCCGCGGCGUCGACGCUCGACAUCGACGCCGGCUGUUCUCGGUUGGCGUCCAUCAGACCCAUCAUCUUUGGUGACGAGGCCUCGGGCGGCUCGUCGGAGAAGUUGAUCCAGUUUCUACUAGCCGCAGGCGCCGGAAUCGCCGGGCUUCAUUCCUCCGCGGACUGCGUGCAGGGCCGCCAUACCGCGUGCGAAUGCAAGAACCGCGUCGGAAUACGCACGGGCGAGGAUUAUCCCGCGGGCUGGGUGGAGGACUGUCGUGCACGUGUGUCGGGAACACACCCUCGGAAGGGGGACGGCGUAUCUAGGUACGGCGUGGCGACGACCUGCGACAACUACAACCUCUUCCCGGAGCUGUUUCUAGGGCAGCCCGUCUUUGGCGGCGUCCGUAAGAGCAAGUCGGGCGCGUCGGGGAGGUCGGGCAAGGGGGGCCAUGAGCGGAGUCAUGCGUCCACGCCGCCGCCGCUCCUCAAGACGAUCAUGAAGGGCGUGGACCCGGGCUACGAUCGCGUCAAGAGGCUGUUCGAGGUCGUCUUCGGCCACUCGGACAUCCUCAAGACGAUCUUACCGCUCCCCGAGGACACCGAUCCCCAGGCCGCCGCGAAGGCGCACUACAGGGAGCUGCUGGCGGCCAAGAUCCGCGGCGAGGACGUACUGUCCUUCGACAUCGAGCGGGCCGAUCAGUGGAGUCUGACGAAGCGGAUGCGCGCGGAGAACCAGCCCAAGGGGCUAGUGGUCGCGUAUGAGGCGAACCAGCUCGGCGCCGUCGUCGGGCGGCUGCGACCGGACCUCGGCAAGGGCGACGUCGAGGUGAUCCUGAACGAGGGCCAGGCGAAGCCCUUCGGCGAGCCGCGCGUCCGCGAGCUCAUGAAGACGCCCGGCCACGACGACAAGCGCAUUUGGUCCUUCGGCUCGUUCCCGGAAAAGGAUUUGCUGGACCACCUCGGGCUCGCCGAGCGCUACCGCAACUUCCACGCCGUCCUGUCCGUCGCGCUGGGCAUGAACUCGCAGGGCCAGCACCGGAACAGGUCCACCAAGGCGCCGUGCCCGAUCGCGACCAACAUGCCCAUGAUGGGGCAGAUGGUCAAUUGCGAUUAUGAUGCGGUCGUCAAGGACCCGUUCGUCACCCCCUACCAGCACGCGGCCGCGGAGAAGUGUUUGGAGAGCGAGGCCCACGUCUCUGACCCGGUCGCGACGCUACAAAUCAUGGGCAUGGUCGCCACCGAGGGUUUGAAGGCCCUGCGCGCGCGCUGGAACGAGGUCGACGCGUAUCUGCUCGGCGACGACACGGCGACGCGGCCGGCGCUGGAAGAGGGCCACGUGAUUUGGUACAACGCGAGCGAGGCGAACCGCAAGUACGACGCGCCGGCGACCGAGUGGCCCGGCGCCAAGAUGAAGCCGAAAAAAUCCCGAAGCGGGAAGCGGAAGGCCAAGGUCACGCCGCCGCCCGUGCCGCUCUCGCGCUACUUCGGCGCCGCGCCGCCGACGGCGAAGCUCGUCCUCGCCGGCUCCGGCUCCAGCGCGGACCCCCUCGACCUGAGCAACUCGCCGUCGCCGCCGAAGCGGCCCCGCGUCGAGCCGCUGGACGAGCUCGAGUAG